GACAAUGCAGGAGCGCAAUUUGCAUAGUUGACAGAGAACUUGGAUCUCUCAGCGAUUCACACUCCUGGUCGUGUGCGUCUUCUGCUUAUGAAUUGAAUUAGAUGAUCAGCGCAUUCCUGCAAUGCGACAGUGAACCUAUCCGUGAAGCCUCAGCACGCUACAGGGCGCAUCGCACCGCAUGCGUCCCGCGACGAGCAAACAAAGCCGACAGUUAAUGGGUUGCCCCCUGCCCCAUCAACACUGGUUGACAGCUUAGCAUGGCCGUAGGCGCCAUUCCAGCCUGGAGUCGAUGCGGCCCCGGACGCACGCCAUGUGCGGGUGUCACGCGAGCCAACGCCAACGCAGCACAGCCUGUAGCCAUUCACCCACCUGUAGAAGCCCCCGCCGUGGCCCCGCGGCCUCAACCGCCAAUCUCCGCCAUGUAUUCCUUAAGAGCUGUGGCGCAGAAAAAUGUUGCCACGUCCAGUAAUAGGACCACCGGCGGCGGCAGCAGCAACGCCGUACCUGCAGCCUCCGGCGACCUCCGACUGGACCUCUGGUUUAGUCUGCUGCAGGCCACUGCCGUGCAGCUGACGGCUGCAACAGCUGCCGCCGCCACCGCCGCCAACGGCGUAGCGUUGCGUCUGCAGCGCCUAUCGGAGCCGGCCCCCAUGAACUUCCCGCCCGGGCCGGAGGGCGACCAAACACUUUCCCUCCUCUCCGACCCCCUAGGCUUCCUUACUUCCACCACUGCCCAGUACGGCCCGCUGGUGGGCCUGCUGCUAGGCGGUGAGCGUGUUGUACUCGUGACGGGACGAGAAGCGGCGCGUACAGUGCUAGUGGAGCAAGCCGGGUCGGUGUACGUCAAGGAGGGUACGGCGUUUUUCCCUGGCAGCAGCCUGGCUGGGAAUGGGCUGCUGGUGAGCGAUGGGCCGGUCUGGCAGAGGCAGCGGCGGCUGUCCAACCCUGCGUUCCGCCGGGCUGCUGUGGAGGCGUACUCCGGGGCCAUGGUGGCGGCCACAUGCGACAUGCUGGACAACCAGUGGGUGGCAGGCGGCACUCGGGACGUGUAUGCGGAUUUCAACGAGCUGACGCUGCGAGUGACGCUGGAGGCGCUGUUUGGGUUCGUCACCACCAAGCAGCAACACCAUGACCAGCAGCGGCUGGCUGCGAGCGAACCGCCUUUAUUCGCAUCCUCCUUAAAAGCCGCGACCGGCUUCAUCAUCCCCGAGUGGCUGCCCACAUGGGACAACCUAGAGUUUGCCGCUGCCGUACAGCAGCUCGACAGAGUGGUGUACGGCAUGAUCGCAAGGCGGCGUGAGGAGCUCGAUGCUGCGUUUGACGCCCUUCCUUCUGACUUGUUGACCAGUCUGCUGCUGUCGCGCGAUGAUGAUGGCACCGGAAUGAGCGAUCAGGCUCUGCGGGAUGAGCUGAUGACGCUGCUGGUGGCGGGGCAGGAGACCAGCGCCAUUCUGCUGGGCUGGGCGGCAGCGCUACUGGCAGCGCACCCCGAGGUGCAGGCGCGUGCGGCUGCAGAGGUGGCGUCGGUAUGCGGCCGGGGCGUGGCGCCGACAGCUGCCAGUGUACGGGACAUGCCUUACUUGGAGUCCAUCGUGCUAGAGACGCUGCGGCUGUACAGCCCGGCCUAUAUGGUGGGUCGCUGCGCACAAGUGGACGCCACGCUGGGUCCCUACAGCCUGCCCACCGGUACGACAGUCCUUGUGUCGCCGUUCGUCAUGCACCGGGAUGCGGCGGUAUGGGACCAGCCCAACGUCUUCCUGCCGGAACGCUGGCAGGAGCUACAGACCAGCAACCUGGGCCCCAAUGGAGCCUAUUUGCCCUUUGGCGGCGGGCCACGCAAUUGCAUCGGCACCGGCUUUGCAAUGAUGGAAGGGAUGCUGGUGCUGGCCGCAGUCCUGCAGCGUUACGACCUUACGCUGCCGCCUCAGACGCUGCAACAAGCGCAACAUGCGGCUGUGGAUGCAGCCGCGGUAGCCGGGGUCCUACCGGCGUCCUUCCCUAAGCCCAAGCCGCUUCUGACGCUCCGACCGGAGUCUGUAGUGCUGCGGAUUACCCCGCGGUGAAGUCAUUCGAUCGCUUACAAGCAGAGUACACUAGGCGUGUGCCCCCGGCUGGCGCUGUCCCUGGCAGGGUAGAUGAGCAAGGUGUCCCUCCACUGACACUAUGUGGGAUGUGCGGCCAUGGACUGUCGCCGAGGAGGGGGGUAGGGUUUGAGCACCGAGAGAUGGGAAGGGGCACCAAGCGUCGAAAAUGGUGCUCUUGAAAGGGUUGUGGUCCACACACAAGGGCUUUGGCGGCGUCGGUUCGGUCGAAUGGAUUGUGGAAAGCAGCUGCGCCUUCGUGCUCAGGCGAAUGAGGUCGUGGGCAUGGCUCUAGCGCGGACAUGAACUGUGGAACGGAGCGAAGGGCUACCGGUCCGUUGCGUAGUCUGUUUAUGGCUAGCUCAAACCGCAUUGACGCAGCAGUAUGUUCACCUCUUCACAUCCAUCUUACACAUUUUAUGGAGUUCCGUUUAGUGUGCUACACAGUGCGCGUGUGACAACACGGAUCAGCUGGCUGGUACGCUAGCUCGGAUGCAGGUCCUGUACAUACGGCAACCCUU